UUGCGCAAUGACUCGGCACCCUAGGAUCCCCUACUAGACGUCGCGGCGCCAGAAGGGCGCGGCUUAUGUGGUUGUAACGUUGCCACUCCAAAAAUAGAACCAUUAUUUUGUAUUGCUCGCGAUUCACCCACAAAUACAGUAGAUGUUUUUGUGCUGGGACUGGAACUAAUUGUGGAAAAUGCUUGAUCUGAAAGGCAAAGUCGCGUUGGUCACAGGUGGGGCCGCUGGUCAAGGGAGGGAAUACUGUAAGGAAUUGUUCAAGCAAGGGUGUAAGGUGUCUAUUUGUGAUAUAAAUACAGAUGAAGGAGAAGAAUUGCUGCAUCAGUUAUCAAAAAUAGCUAGAGAUAGGGUUAUAUUUUGUCCAUGUGAUGUCACAGAUUAUCCUCAAUUCGAAGAGGCUUUUCAAACAACCAUAUCGAAACUAGGGGGUGUUGAUAUCGUGGUGAACAAUGCUUCAAUCAUGAAUGACCGAUUAUGGGAAUUGGAAGUUGAUGUUAAUUUGAAUGGUGUAAUUCGAGGACUACUUCUUGCAUAUCGAUUCAUGGGCAAAGACAGAGGCGGCGCAGGAGGUGUGGUUGUUAACGUGGGUUCCAGUAGCUGCGUUAGCCAUUUGGUGUCCUUACCUGUGUUCACUGCUACCAAACACGCUGUAGCGGCCCUGACCAGAUCUUAUGGCGAUUCAUAUCAUGAAAAACUAACUGGAGUGAAGGUUGUUGCUAUAUGUGCGCCACCCUCUGAUACAGUACUAACAGAAGAUCCUAGGAAAAGGAUUAUCAGUGGUGAAUACGAGCAAGCCUGGCAGAAAGACAUAAGCAAUAUCGCACCAACAAAAUCAGAUUACCUAGCGCGGGCUUUAGCAGAAAUAAUACAGAAAGUUCCUAGCGGUACGAGUUGGCUGGUUGAAGGUACCAAUCCACCAAAAGAAAUCAAAGUGUUCCUCUAAGAAGAAAAUGCAAUCAGACUGAUAUUCAACAUAUUUGCCAAGCGUCGAAACCAAUAUUUUAUACAUGAGAAGAUACAACCUUACAAUGGAAGUUUUGGACGGUUUUAUACAAUAUGCUUUAAGGGGGUACAAAAUGAAGAAAAUGCCGAAGAAAAAUUGAAAAAACUAUAUCAAUGGGAACUUCAGAUAAUGCAGCUGAAGUUGCCAGUACCUAGUUCUACAUCUCAAAAUGUAUUUUAUUAAUAGUGAAAUUACCUCUUGUAAAUUAUGAGCUUCGAUUUUGUGUUCGGAUGAUCAUAGUGGAAAUGGAUGUGAUAUUUGAUAAAUUUGCGGGAACAUUGUCAUAUCUGCCUGAAUGAUCAGUGAAAAAUUAUAUACAAGAAUAUAAGAAGGCAUUCUAAAAUUUCAAUUGAUGGAAAAUAUAGAUACCUAUAUCUUGUUCACUGGUCAUUCAAAAUCCAACAUGUCAUAUAAAUUGCAACUUUUUGCUUGCUGGUUUUCAAUGCAAAAUUUUGACCACACAAAAUUGCUUCCGCUUGGUUAUGUUUGGAAAUAUUUUAUCGAUAAAAUUUUACUAUAGAAUAUGUAAUGAACGAUGAAUGAUUAUGAAACUCAUUUGAAAUGUUAAGUUCUCAAAUUCAAUAAUUUACGAUGAAAAGUUUAUCAUUUAUAUUGAAUAUUACAUAAUUAUAUCAAAAAGAAUAUUUCUUUGUAACAUUUUAUAAUUUGAAUUUUGAUUACUCAUUAAAUAUUCAAUUUCUUGGG